UUCAUAUCACCUCUGUUCCCUCAAUCGCCGACUGCUGAACCGAGGCCUCGUGCUGCCUCUCUUGAGCUCGCUCUCCCAUUCUUUCGUGCCUGACGCCGUUCGAGCUUGCUUCGUCCGCUUCAUCGCACACUCACAACAUCAUCAUGGCUAGCCAUCAACAUCCUUCGCCCACUGCUGUCGGCUUCCCGCCAACCCAUCAACAUCCUGCUCCUCCUCACGCCCAGCCCAAUGGCCACGCCAUUCAACAUGGCCCGCAACCUCCUCCCCCAACCGGUCCCCCAAAGACACAUUCACAAUAUCUCGGCCAAUUGAAUGAGCAGACAUGGAACCAACUAGGUUCCAUUUCCGAAAGUCUCGGCGCCCAAGACGAGGCUUCUUCAUGUUACGAGCGCGCGCUGGCACACAAUCCGUGGUCCAUUCCUGCUCUCCAAGGUAUCGCAUGCGUCCUGCGUGCACAGGACAAGUUUGCGCCUGCCACAGAGUACCUGAAGAAUAUUCUGAAAAUGGACGGCAACAAUGGCGAGGUUUGGGGAAGCUUAGGCCACUGCUAUCUUAUGCUCGACGACUUACAACAAGCCUAUGGAGCCUAUCAGCAGGCCCUCUACCAUCUACAGGACCCAAAGGAACCAAAACUCUGGUACGGAAUUGGCAUCCUGUACGAUCGCUACGGUUCGCUCGAGCACGCCGAGGAGGCCUUCUCUCAGGUGAUGCGAAUGGAGCCUACUUUUGAAAAGGCGAAUGAAAUCUACUUUCGCCUCGGUAUAAUCUACAAACAGCAACAGAAGUUUUCGUCCAGUCUUGAGUGCUUCAAGUACAUUGUUCACAAUCCCCCUCGCCCGCUAACCGAGGAGGACAUUUGGUUCCAGAUUGGCCAUGUCUACGAACAACAAAAAGAUUAUGAAUCUGCCAAGGGCGCAUACCGCAGGGUUCUUGACCGUGAUCCGCAUCACGCAAAGGUCCUGCAGCAGCUUGGCUGGCUGCAUCAUCAACAGAGCACCAGCUUCCAGAGCCAAGAGCAGGCUAUUGAAUAUUUGGAGAAGUCUGUAAACUCUGACCAGACCGACGCACAGAGCUGGUACUUGCUCGGUCGCUGCUACAUGUCACAGCAGAAGUACCCGAAGGCGUACGAGGCUUACCAGCAAGCCGUUUAUCGUGAUGGCAGAAACCCGACGUUCUGGUGCUCCAUUGGUGUCCUCUACUACCAGAUCAACCAGUACCGCGAUGCCCUCGACGCCUACUCUCGUGCCAUCCGACUUAACCCGCAAAUCUCCGAGGUCUGGUACGACCUAGGCACUCUUUAUGAAAGUUGCAACAAUCAGACUGCCGACGCUCUUGACGCCUACCAGCGUGCCGCUGAACUUGACCCCGGCAACGUUCAUAUCAAGGCCAGAUUGCAGCUGCUUCAAAGUGGCCAGCCCACGAACGGCAUGCCAAACCAAACCGCCCAACCUCCAGCCCCUCAAGACGUGCCUCCUUCUGCCUACCAACCUGCUUCUAUGAAUGGUCCCCCUGCUCCCCAAUGGGGCGCCGCCGCUCCUUCACAUCCUCCUCAGGGCCCCAUUCCUCCCGCGCUUGGUUCGGGCAGUGACUGGAAUCGUCCUCCGGCUAUUGCUGCGAUUCGUGAUCCACCACCACCGCCCCCACCGCAGCAUGGUGGCCAGCACGAGCCCCGAGAUCCCAUUCGACCUCCACCACACGCUGCCUCUCACCCGACCAGCCCGAGAUACGAGCCCAUGAGACAGUACCCUGACCAGCCGCCGCCGCCGCCGCCGCCGCCGCCGCGUCAAGGUCCCCCUCCUCCCAGGAGAAUGUCGCCUUCACCAAAGCCGCACAACACGGCUCCGGGUGGUGGUGCAUACCCAGGUCCUUCGAACCAGCCACCACCCCAUCAGCUACCGCCGCACCCACAACAACAACAGCAGCAGCAACCACCACCGCCGCCGCCGCCUCAAAAUAGGAUCAAUAACCCUAAUUACGGUCCAAACGCAUCCUCGAGUGUUCCUCCGUCGGCCUCUGGCAUUGCCGGCCCGCCUCCUCCACAAGGUCCCAUGCCGGGAUACGGUCGCAUGCCAAGUCCCGGGCCUGGUCCGAACCAAGGCCCCGGCUCAAUGGCUGGCCCAGGUCCAGAAAUCCGGCCUCUGUUGGAACGCAGCCACAGUACCACUUCCCCGAGGGGAAACUUCCACGACCGCCAGUAUCCACCUUCCAGCGGUGAGACGAAUCACGGCAUCGAACGUGGUGCUCCUCCUCCUGCGGCCGCUCUUGCUGCGGCGGAGUCUGCUGCACGUGAGCGAGAUGAUCGUACUCCUGCUGGGCCCAAGCGCAUGCGUGAGUGGGAGAAUGACGAUUCAAACAUGAAGACACCCAACGAUGAGAAACGACCCCGGCUGGACGAUCCGCACGUCCGACGUCCGUCACCCCCGCACAACCGUGCUCCGACGCCGUCGUCUCGUCGUAGCCCUCCAGGCAGUGAGCAGCGUCGUCACGAAGAGCCCCCUCCUCGUCGCCCAGCUGACGACGAAGGCCAUCGCCGAGAAGGCUCCUACCACCCUUCGGAAGCUGCUCAUCACCCACAAGCUCUCCCUUCCAUGAUGGUCGCUGCUCAACAGCAGCAGCAGCAGCAGCAGCAGCAACCACCCUUGCCAGGACCUGCGGAGAUUCCAAAGCAAGAGCCUCGCGAGCUGCACGAGCCGGCAGCCCGCAAGAUGGAAAUGGACGAGGACUACAGCGACGGCGGUGAAGAUGAGAAGCGCAACCUCAAGUCCGAACGCAACAGUCCUCGGAGCGCCAUCCCUGCAAACGGCGCCUUGCAUGCACCCACACCCGUCGACCAGAAGGCUUAGCUAGCACUGUGAGACGGCGUGUAUGGCAUGUAUGGCAUGUAUGGCAUGUUUGUUGUCCUGUCUCGGGGAUCGUUUCUAUGGUGACGGCAUGUUUUCUGUUGAAGAGGGAUAUCUGGGGUGACGGGCGGACUUUACGGGCGGACUUGACGGGCGUUGUUUCACACAAUGUUAUUC